GGCCAUUUUCACGCAACAGAGGUACCCACAUUCUUCUUUUACACAGUAGGAUCGUGCGAGCGUGCCCACCUUGCUUGCUGGCCCCCUGCCUGAUCCGACUCCGCAAUGCCGCGGCGUGAUGGCGAUUCCGAGCAUGCUCGGAAUAGCGCCAUCGAUGACGCCACACCGUUGAUAUGUCAGCUGGAACGGUCAACCCAUAUCCGAAUCAUAGAUCGCGCCUAUUUAAAGAGCGUAUCCUCCCGACCCGUGUCAGAGAUAGAAUCGUGAUUGCUCAUAAACUAUAUCUACCCAUUAAAAUCAGGACCUUUGGCCUACUACAACCAACCGAGAAACACCAUGGCUUCGCAAGACAAGAUCAUCCUCUACACCAACCACCUAUGCCCUUGGGCGCACCGGGUACAUAUCGCGCUGGAGGAGCUCGGGAUCCCGUUCGAGGAAGUCAUCAUCGACUUCGACACUCCCCGGACACCGGAAUACCUUGAGAUCAACCCGCGCGGGCUGGUUCCAGCAUUGUCGUACAACGGAGAGAUCAUCAUCGAGUCCGGCAUCAUCUCGCAGUUCCUGGUUGACGCCUACCCGUCCCAUUUGAUCCCAGCCUCCAACGCCCCAGGGGGUGCCAUACGGCGGGCUCGGGUUGGCUUGUUCGUUGACACAUUCAACUCCAAGUUCAAUAGCGUAUUGUAUGGGCUUUUCUCGGCCAAGUCUCAAGAGGACAGAGAGGCGGUUGUCGAGAAAGCCAUCGCAGGCCUCGUGAAGGAGGUUGAGCCGCUACUUGCUGACGCGAGUCCCUUCUUUGGCGGGAGCAACACGAUCACUCUGGCCGAGGUUCUUACCGGCUCGUUUGUUGUCCGCGUUAAGAGCUUGACGGCGGCUAAUGUCUACCCGAAGUCUCUCUGGACAGGGAUUGAGGCAAAGGCGCCCAAUUUUGUCAAGUGGGCGAGUGUUGUUGCGGCACAUCCCAGCGUGACGUCCAUCUUUCACGAGAAGGUAAUUGUUGAAGGGACAAGGGCGAAGAUUUUGGAGCGGGGGGGUGUCGUUUAAACGCGACUUUCCAUUUGCAUGUACACAAUAUUCUAGCGUUGGGAGUUGCCCAAGGUGCCGGGUUGGGAACCGAGGAACACGGAACCUGGAAGCGUUGAAGACGAAAGACAAACCGAAGCUGCCAAAAAGCCAAAAGCUCCGGUGCCCUGCAGACUGCUUUGUUCCAGACACGGCAUGGACCAUUGUGAAUUUGACGUGGGCCCCACCUGUGCUCCACCGAAGACUUCCCCGGCUUUGAC